UUAACAAAGAGACUUGCCUAUAGCCCUAGCAGCUCCUUCAACUCAACCAUGGCUUUUCCCAAGCUUUUCUUCAUUUCGUCUUUGCUGGUGGUGAUUUUGUCAGCCUCAAGCACCCAAAUGAGCCAUGCAGCUCGCCACCUUUUGGACACACCAGCAGCAGCUCCACCCCCAACACUGGCAAUCCCUACAAUCCCCUCUCUGCCAAAUCCCACUCAGCUGCCUCCUUUGCCUUCACUACCAACACUUCCCAAGCCCUCAAACACCUUGCCUACACUUCCAACUGCCCCAACUCUGCCCAAGACCACAUUGCCUCCACUUCCCUCAACCCCAUUGCCUACGCUUCCAACUGCUCCAACUUUGCCAAAGCCGGCCACAUUGCCACCGUUGCCCUCUACCCAAUUGCCUACUCUCCCAACUACUCUGCCCCCAUUCCCAACCUCCCUACCCCAAAUCCCAUCUUUGCCAAAAUCCACAUUGCCUACGGUGCCCACAACCCUCCCUCCAUUGCCCGCCAACCCACUUCCCUCAUUCCCCUCAACAAUCCCUUCAAUCCCCACCAUUCCAACAACAAUUCCAUCGAUUCCAUUCUUCACCCCACCCCCAUCCAAUUAAACCACUUGAUAUAUAUAUGCCAUGGUUCUCCAUGAUUACUAGUAGAAGUAUACAAUCUAGUUUCUUGUCUGUGCUGGGGAGUCUUCAGAAUAUAUGAUUUGAUGGUUUCUUCGGUUUGAUGGUGGCUUAUUAGUGUAUGUAUACAGUAUACUUGUGACAGAGAACUUGUGAGGGUUGUUAUUUUCCUUGAAUUCUUUCUUUGUUGGGAUCUUCUCGAUAUCUAUUGUAGGGUUUGUUGUUGUAUUAAUUCUUGUUAUGAUGAAUUAUAGUAUUUUUAUUGA